GCGACUGCCGCGUCCUUCUGGCCUUAAAGGGGCCGCACCCCCACGGAAACCGCCCACCCCUCUUCUACCUUUCUACGCCCCUCGCUCCCGGCCCCACCCCCUCCUCGAGUGUCUGCUGGCUCGCUCCUAGCUGCGGUCGCUCCACUCGUCUUACCUCCCCCGCCCCAGCUCCUCUGUGCCAGCCGGCUAGUCCGUCUGCUCUCGUUCCACCUGGUUUGGGGAGGGCAGUGGGGUCGGGGAACCAGACGAAGCCCCUCCCAAAGUGCUAAACCCAGCCCAGGUGCCCCUUCCCCAGAGUUCUUCACUCCCCCCCUGCCCCUUCCGUCCCCACUCGGGGGCCCCUGGGAGCGUCUCUGCUUCUUCAGGGAGGGGGCAUUUCCUAAUCUCAGGCCGGGGUUAAAGUUCUGGUCCUGGUGAGAUGCUGGAAGCUGCAGCCAGAAGCUCAUCGCCCCUUCGAGGUGCUGCGCUUCCCGCUGCCGCCACCGUCGCCACUGCCGCCUCCACCGCCACCUCCGCCCAGCCGGGGCCAUGUUCAGCCUGGGCUUGCCCUUCCUGGUACUCCUGGUGGCUCCAGCCGAGGGCAACCUGGGGGUCCUGGGGCCCAAGAACGUGUCCCAGAAGGAGGCCGAGUUUGAACGCAUCUACAAUGAUGAAGUCAACAGCGAGCUGGUCAAUAUCUACACAUUUAACCACACUGUGACCCGAAACAGGACUGAGGGUGUGCGGGUGUCUGUGAACGUCUUAAACAAGCAGAACAAGGCACCCGUGCUGUUUGUGGUUCGACAGAAGGAAGCUGUGGUGUCCUUCCAAGUGCCACUGAUACUUCGGGGGCUCUACCAGCGUAAGUACCGGUACCAAGAUGUAGCUCGCACCCUCUGCCAGCCACCCACCAAGAGUGAGGCUGAGGUCCAGUUCUUCUACGUGGAUGUGUCCACUCUGUCAUUGCUCAACACCUCUUAUCGGCUGCGGGUCAGCCGUAUGGACAACUUUGUGCUCAGGACUGGUGAACAAUUCAGCUUUAACACCACUGCAGCUCAGCCUCAGUACUUCAAAUAUGAGUUCCCAGAAGGAGUAGAUUCAGUGAUUGUCAAAGUGACUUCCAACAAGGCUUUUCCCUGCUCAGUCAUUUCCAUCCAAGACAUUCUGUGUCCCGUCUAUGAUCUGGACAACAAUGUGGCUUUCAUUGGCAUGUACCAGACAAUGACUAAGAAGGCAGCCAUCACUGUGCAGCGGAAAGACUUUCCCAGCAACAGCUUCUAUGUGGUGGUGGUGGUGAAGACCGAGGACCAGGCCUGUGGGGGCUCCUUGCCUUACUAUCCCUAUGGGGAAGAUGAACCGGUUGAUCAAGGGCAUCACCAGAAAACUCUGACCGUUGUGGUGUCUCCAGCAAUCACGUCCGAGGCCUAUGUUGGGGGCAUGCUCUUCUGCUUGGGCAUUUUCCUGUCCUUCUAUUUGCUGACCGUUCUACUGGCCUGUUGGGAGAAUUGGAGGCAAAGGAAGAAGACCCUGUUGGUGGCCAUGGACCGUCCCUGCUCAGAAAGCGCCUCUUUGCUUGGUCACCCUCGAAUCUUGGCUGAAUCCUUCCCUGGCACCUCCCCUUAUGAAGGUUACAGUUAUGGCUCUUUCGAGAAUGGCUCAAGUUCUGCAGAUGGAGCAGUAGACAGCACUGGCUCUGUGGAUGUCUCCUACAGUUAUUCAGGACACGACCAGUUCAAGCGACGUCUCCCCUCUGGCCAGAUGCGGCAGCUGUGCAUAGCCAUGGACCCAGUGGGCAGCCGACCUCGGCUGGAUUCCCUGAGCUCGGUGGAGGAGGACGACUAUGAUACGCUUACUGACAUCGAAUCCGACAAAAACGUCAUCCGCACCAAGCAAUACCUGUGUGUAGCAGACCUGGCCCGGAAGGACAAACGGGUUCUACGGAAGAAGUACCAGAUUUACUUCUGGAACAUUGCCACCAUUGCUGUUUUCUAUGCCCUCCCAGUGGUGCAGUUGGUGAUCACCUACCAGACGGUGGUGAAUGUCACAGGAAAUCAGGACAUCUGCUACUACAACUUCCUCUGCGCUCAUCCCCUGGGCAACCUCAGCGCCUUCAACAAUAUUCUCAGUAACCUGGGUUACAUCCUGCUGGGGCUGCUUUUCCUCCUCAUCAUCCUUCAACGAGAAAUCAAUUACAACCGAGCCCUCAUGCGAAAUGACCUUUAUGCCCUGGAAUGUGGAAUCCCAAAGCACUUUGGGCUUUUCUACGCUAUGGGGACAGCCUUGAUGAUGGAGGGACUGCUCAGUGCCUGCUACCAUGUUUGCCCCAACUAUACAAAUUUUCAGUUUGACACAUCAUUCAUGUACAUGAUCGCGGGGCUCUGCAUGCUGAAGCUGUAUCAGAAGCGGCACCCUGACAUCAACGCCAGCGCCUACAGCGCCUACGCCUGCCUUGCUGUUGUCAUCUUCUUUUCUGUGCUGGGGGUGGUAUUUGGCAAAGGGAACACGGCGUUCUGGAUUGUUUUCUCAGUCAUCCACAUCAUUGCUACGCUCCUGCUCAGUACUCAGCUCUACUAUAUGGGUCGUUGGAAGCUGGAUUCUGGGAUCUUCCGCCGGAUCCUUCAUGUGGUCUACACAGACUGCAUCCGGCAGUGCAGUGGACCACUGUAUGUGGACCGAAUGGUGCUACUGGUUAUGGGCAACAUCAUCAACUGGUCACUUGCUGCCUACGGGCUCAUCAUGCGUCCCAAUGAUUUUGCUUCCUACUUGCUGGCCAUUGGCAUCUGCAACCUUCUUCUUUACUUCGCUUUCUAUAUCAUCAUGAAGCUCCGGAGUGGGGAGAGGAUCAAACUCAUCCCCCUCCUCUGCAUCAUCUGUACCUCGGUGGUCUGGGGCUUUGCCCUUUUCUUCUUCUUCCAGGGACUCAGUACCUGGCAGAAAACUCCCGCUGAGUCAAGGGAGCACAAUCGUGACUGUAUCCUGCUCAAUUUCUUUGAUGACCAUGACAUCUGGCACUUCCUCUCCUCCAUUGCUAUGUUUGGGUCCUUCUUGGUGCUGCUGACUCUAGAUGAUGACUUAGACACGGUACAACGGGACAAGAUCUAUGUCUUCUAGUGGAUGCCGCAACCCCCUCUCCCGUGGCCCUUGAAGGAGCAUAGCUAGGCGUAGGGCAGGGUUGUUUAGGGCCUUCUGCCCAGUGCCUCAAAGUGAGAGGACAGUUUUUCUGCCUAGCUCCCUAGGAUGGCAUUGGGACAUUCAUGGGAGGGACAGUCAUGUUCUCUAUGUAGCUGGACUCUGCCUUUUGCCUGGGGAAAAGAGGGGCUGGGCCACCUAGGGGCCUGUGGCCUCCCACCAUUUGAACUUUGGCCAAACUCGCUGCUUUCUCCUCAGUGUUUGGGCCCCUCAAAGAGCCUGUCUCUUCCAGGGUUCCUCCCCUUCUCCUGUGGGGAGCCCUCUGUAUUGGAGCCCUAAAUCCUCCUUUCUCUUGCAGUUCUGGAUAAGGGCCAGAGCUCGAUUUUCCGUCCAGCCCCAGCUCUUUUAAUGUGUAUGUUGAAUCCGAGUAAGGGUCUUCUAAGCUGCUAUCCAGAGCUGGGUUUCCCUGGUUUGAAGGGGGUGGAGGGGAGAACUGAGAAGCCAGGUGUCUGAUGCUAAAACCAGAAAGGGGUCUGGGCCUUAUGGCAAUUGUCUGCUGACUAACUCCAUGGGGGUUGGUUGCUGAUGUGGGUUGGGAUUUUCUGGGGGAUUUUUUUCUUUUUUAAUGAAGAUGAGAGAGCUUAGGUUAUGGGUUACCUUUGUGUAGCCCUAUGGCACUUGGAACUGAAUAGCUUAAGAAAAGCUCUAUCCUUCCCCAUGAUGAGGUUGGUGGAGGACAGGCUGCCUCUUCCCUCCUCUCUUUACUUUCUGUCCCCUGGUGCCCUUGUGCCUGCCAAACCCUCGGGGGGUUUCCUCAGUGCCAUUGCUUGCCCCCAAGACCAGGGGUAGGGGAUAGGAGGGUUACAAAGAACAUAACUCAUUCCAGCCUCCUACAGUGCCUAUGUCUAAGGGCAGUGACACACACACACACACACACACACACACACACACACACACACACAUAUAUAUAUAUCUUGGAGUUUACAGUGAGUCUAUGUAGCUCACACUCCAGCUCUGGGUCAGUACCUCCUGCUGGCCCUUGGCUGUCUCCCACCUGCCCUCCCUGAUCUAGGUGCCAUGGUAGGAGAAGAGGGAUGAGAUGGGGAAAGGGGCUAGGCCUCAGGGUGUAGGAACUUUUUUUUUUUUUCCUGGAUUCCCAACUUUGUUCUUACAACUUUCCCGGGGAGUCAUGGAGGUCUUUUUUUUUUUUUUAAAUACCUUUUAUGUCUAUUUCCACAUCAUGGUGGAAUCUCUGUUUUCUAUGAAUGACUGCAUUCAAUUAAAGGAAUGACCAGAUGCACAAA